UAAAGCGGAGGCUGAGAGUGCAGACACACCAGUGCCGCAGCACCACUGACGCCUGCAACAUGCAGCAGAACAUAUACAUGCAGAGCAAUGAUAACUUUGAGGUCUUCACCACCGUCUUCUCUCCUCAAGUGAGUCGUGGCAGGCAUCGCUUCAGGCAUGAAGGCCCAGAGAAGAUGGUGGUAAAACACAGCUACAAACCUCACUGGCCAGACGAGCUCGAACUCUCCCAGGGUGAUGUACUUCAAGUUAUCUUCAAGCACGAGGAGUCGCGGUGGUACGGGCGGCUGCAAAAUGGCCAGCAGGGAUACUUCCCUGCCACUCACGUUAUGGAGGUGAUCGAGGAGGAUGAGCUCCCUAAAGACGCUGGCGUUUCAUUGAGGAGAAGUUCAGACGGGAUUGUGUUGACUGCUGGAACUCUGGGUUCUGCGGGCACCCCGUCGACCCCCAGUGGUCGGAGGCGGCUGUCCCUGAGGUGCGGGGACGAGAGUCCGUUCCACGCGCUGCGGCGCGAGUCCCAGCAUGUCGCCACGGCGGCCUGCAACUCCCCGCGGCUGCUCCACAGGAUCCUCUCCAAAAACCGCAGGAAGAGCGAGAGCGCGGGGGCCUCCAACGGGGCCUUCGAACCCGACUGAGCGCGCCCGAGGAUGGAGGGAGGGGGGGUGAUUAGACGACAGAGAAGCCACCCCCCCCCCCCUCUCUCUCUUAGGCUGAAGGCUGGGCCCUGCAGGCAGAAAAAGGAGGGAAUGGAGGAAUCUACUACAGAAGAAACCCGACGAGAGAAUUUGAAUUGGGACCUGUGAGAAUAGAAACCAUGCACAGGUCUGCUCUAACUGUCUGGAUGAUGGGACUGCAGCCUUAGAUCAGUGCUGCUUGGGUGUAGGAGCGCCAGCAGCAGGGCCUUUGUCAAAGGCAGUGUCAGUAGCGGCAGGACUGAGGCCUGCUCCACCCUGACACAUUCCAGUCCACCCUCACGCUGAAUGGAAGUCUGUGUCGCAGGAAGCACGGCACAGCGCCAUAACCUGGGUUUUUUAUUAGGGGCAGGGAUCUGAAGUUAAAAGUGAAUGAGUAUUUACCCUCUCUAGACAACAUAAGUGACAACUUUAUGCUUAAUAGUGCUUAAUACUUGAUCAUACUUCUUGCCACAGCUAAAGAUUUUUGUGUGAUAAAGUGUUUCAGUUUUUUUUCCUGCAUUCUCAUAUAUGUUGAUGAAGUGAUUUAUUUUUCUUAAAUUGUAUGAACGUCUUUCAAAUGACUUUGAUUUUAUGUCAUUAUAAUAUUCAAAAUAUAUCUCUGUUUGGCCGUAGAGCCACUGUACAGUAUAAUGUAGUAUAAACACUUAAGUAUAAGGGAAAAUAUCAGUCCAGGUUCUUACGUCAUACAGCUCUGUAAUGUGUUCCAUGGUAUUAAAUCCUAUUUAAGGCA